AUGAAGAGCUCCUCGUUCUUACCAGCACCUCAUCUUGAAGAUGCUACUAACGCAAUGGAAGCGAUUGGUAUCGAAGAAACAGUACAAGUUCGACGUAAGCCCAAUAUGACGGACAAUGAACGACUUCUUAUGGCCGAUUUCCUGCUUAAACAUAGCCAGGGUGAAUCUCGAUUACCCCGAGCAAUCAUUGCUGCAGCUGCAGAUAAAUUUCAAGUGCAUCGCAAUACGGUUUCACGUAUCUGGAACCUAAUGAAAGUGUCACUAGAUGUUGGUGCAUCCACUGAUGUUGUACUCAAGCAAGUGUUGUCUAGAAAGCGUGGUAAUUGUGGUCGCAAGAAGAAAGACUAUUCAGCUGCACUGGAACGAGUCAAGCAGCUGCCUUUGAACCAGCGUGGCUCAUUGCGAGCUUUAUCUUCAGCUUUAGGUGUUCCACGUACGACACUCUUUCGUCUGCUUCGUAAUGAGGGAACGAAUAAUAGCAUCAGUGCGACUGAUCAUCAAGAAACGAGCUUGGAACUCAAGCCAACGAUUGCCAACUCUAUCAAAGCAGCACUGUCGGAUAAGAAUAAGAAGGAACGACUGCAGUUUUGCUGCAGUAAAAUGCAGCCAAAUGGGGUGUUUGAUAACAUGUUCAACAUGGUGCAUAUUAAUACCAAAUGGUGCUCGUUACCGGGCAAUCGCGACGCGAAGAAGAAGAAAAUCAUGUUCUUAAUCGCUGUCGCUCGACCGCAAUGGGAUGCAGAGAAGCAGCAACAAUUUGAUGGAAAACUUGGUGUAUGGCCGUUUGUGGUGGCUGAACCACCCUUACCACUUGGAACGUAUACUGAGGCCAAUGCGCUCAGUGUAGAUCCAUCACGAAUCAGUCGUGUGUUUCGUGUGCUAGAGACAAUCACGAAGAGGGAGAUUCAAGCAAUGAUUACAACCUCUGUCAUCCCGGCGAUCAAGCUAAAGUUGCCAAGCUCUUUGCGCCGCGUACCGGUGUUGAUCCAGAUGGAUAAUCAGCAAGUGCGACUGACAGCUGACGACCCGAUUGUAGCAGAACAUGGCAGCACUGGUGGCUGGAACAUUCGAGUGCAAUAUCAACCAGCUUACAGCCCUGAGCUGGUGGUACUAAAUCAUGGCUUCUUAAAGAGCAUAUAUCCUGAAAUGAUUCCACCACAACUUCGUUGCCCGCAACUCCCUCUUGUUGAAGAACUCAUUGCUGGAGUAGAGCGCACGUUUGCUGCAUUACCCAAACGACAGAUUAAUGACGCCUUUUUGACGUUGCAGAAGACAAUGGAGUGUAUAAUGCUAGCUGGUGGUUCCAAUGACUUUGAGUCACAAGAAGGUGCGACCAAGAAGAGUUUGCAGAAUGACGGCAGUCUGCCCGUGAGUGUAUUAUGCAAACGCGAAGCUUUGUUGUGUGUCAAUCCAUUUUGA